AUGCCUGUCCGUAAAGCAGCUACAACAGUUUCAAAAAAGAGUUCUGGCUCGGUUAAUCACUUUCCUAGAACCUCUGGGCUUAAGUAUUAUGUGGGUGCUCAUAUCAGUACAGCUGGAGGCGUAGAGAAUGCGAUUCCAAAUGCGUUAAAGCUGGGAUGUAACGCUUUUGCAUUUUUUCCAAAAAAUCAACGGCGCUGGUCGUCGGCUCCUUAUAAAAAAGAAAAUAUUGAUGGAUUUCAUUCAAACUGCUCACACGAUCAUUUUAAUGCAAAGAAGGAAUUAUUACCACACGGUUCAUACCUCAUUAAUUUAGGGAAUCCAGAUGCAGCAAAGCGAAAACAGUCUCAAGAAUCAUUUGAAGAUGAUUUAACGCGCUGUGAGCAGCUUGGAGUCGGUUUGUACAAUCUUCAUCCAGGCUCAGCUGUCGGUGGUGCAGAUAAGAAUGCUACUAUUAAGCACAUUGCUUCGGGAAUCAAUAAGGGUAUUGCUGCGACAAAAUUCAUCAAGGUGGUUUUAGAAAAUAUGGCUGGUCACGGCCAUAUUAUAGGAUCCAACUUGCAAGAUUUAGCAGAUAUUAUAGAACUUGUGAAAGACAAGAGUCGUAUUGGUGUCUGUAUAGAUACAUGUCACACAUUUGCUGCUGGAUACGAUAUUCGAAAUCAAAAAACAUUUGAUGAGUUUUGGACUAAGUUUGAUGAGAUUGUUGGGUACCAAUAUCUUGCAGGAAUUCAUUUGAAUGACAGUAAGGCGCCAUUGGGAAGCAAACGCGAUUUACAUCAGAAUAUUGGUCUUGGAUUUUUAGGUUUGGAAACUUUCCGAUUGAUCAUGAAUAAGGAGGAACUACAGGGCAUCCCCAUGAUUUUAGAGACACCUAUACCUAAUGAGGAAAAGGUCAAUAAGGGUUUAGAGGCUGAUAUUCGUGGAGAAGAAGUCAAGCUGUUAGAAUGGUUGAUAGGAAAAGACGUGGAUGAUAAAGAGGUUAUUGAAAAAAGCGAAGAGUUGCAAAACAAGGGAGAAAGAGAACGUAAAGAACACCAAGAAAAGUUUGACAAAAAGAAGGAAAAGGAAGAAGCCUCUUUAAGUAAAAAGAGAAAAAAUACUGUGGAUUUGGAUUUCUUUGCACCUAAAAAAAGAGGGUCUACCAAAAAAGCUAAGAAAGAAGAAUCUGAAUAA